CCCUGACCUCUGAACCGGAAGUGAAACAACGCUUCACGGAAUUCGCCGAAAGCCGUCUCCUCGCAGGGGACAGAGCUUGGGAACAAGCCUCUAUUUGGUCCUUACUAGGACUCUACUUCGACUUUUCACGUUGAGAUGAACGUUCAGAAAGGGAAAACUUCCGCAUCACCCCCAGUUCAAAUAGCCCAGACACAAGCCAGAAACAUAGCUGGACCACAAAGAGGACAGACACCACCUACAAGAGGUGAUUACAACAACAUAGUGGAUUCUCAAGGAAAUUAUUUACAGCAGGGGUUUGCCGUUCCUGCAAGCCUUCCACAUGAUAUGAAUAAACAGGCUGUGGCGUCGGGUCACAUACCACAACAAGGAAUUCCCCAACAGCCCGGUAUAUUUACUCCUAGUAUACGCCCACCUCAGCCAUACUACACUCAAUCGCAACAAGCUCCAAAUAUGAGGUCCACAAGACCAUAUAUGGCAUCGCCUAGUCAGGCUAAUCAACAACCAAUGUAUCCAAUGAUGUAUAUGAAUCAAACCAGUAACUUCCCGAGCACAGGGUUAAUGUACCAGCCACAACAACAAGUUCUUGGGUAUACUCCUCAAGGUCAGCGUAUGACAAAUCCUCAAUACGCUAUUUCACCUCACACUGUGCAACAGCAAUUUCAACAGUUUCAACCAAAUCAACAAUACGCCCCAAAUAAUACGCAACAGUAUUUAUAUUUUCAACAACAACAACAGCAACAGAGCCAGCCGAUCCCCGUGGCACAACCACGUUCCUCAAUACCUAAUCAAACUGUUCCAGCCAAACGUGAGAGAAAUCCUAUCACUAUAGUCGACCCUAAUACGCAGAAAGAUGUGACUGAUGAAAUAUUACAUCAUAAAUCUACGCCACCAAGCGGCUCAGGAACUCCCGUUUCAUUUCCAGUAAUGGCUCCGGCCCAGGCUCAGACUCAGGCAUCGCCUUCACCACCUCAACAGAAGGAAAUUUGUGCACAGUUUGCCUCGCAAGUAGCCGCGACAUUACGACACAACUCGACCAAACAACAAAGCUCAACUCCACCUAGUGUAAUGGACGCUUCCUCUCCACCAACAGGGACCAUCAUACCAGCAGAUGAACAGCAAGAGACAUUUGAACCUUGCGUGGAGGAUGCUGGAGCUAUUAUUCCUGGAGAGACGUCUGUCGAUCCCCCGUCGAUCUGCACAGAAAAAGUCCUGAUACAAUCAGACAUGAAAGAACCUGCGGUUCAGUUUGACGCGAAUGAAUACAACGUGAACAUUGCUCCUCCAGCACCAAAAAUAGUCCCUGUCCCUAAAACAGUGAGUGUGUCUGCUGCCGAAUUAUACGUGAAAAAAGAACUGCUGUCUGGUGAUGCUGAUCCAGCACCCAAGGUAAUUGGUUCCCCUAAAACAGUGAGUGUUAGUGCCGUACUCACUCCAGAUGUCAAUGAAUUUAAGCCAGCAUCAAUUACGGCUAAUAAAGUUAACCAAAACACGCAAAAGGCAUCCGUUUCUGUCGGAUUGUCUCAAAAACAAUCGGUUAGCGUGAGCGUCAGUCCAACUAAGGAUACCGUUACACAACCGACAUCCGUACCAGAAGUAAAAAGUCAGAAACCUGUCACAGUUACAGCAUCUGCUCCAGUUCAGCCAUCUCCUGUUGUCACUGCGUCACCAGUUUCCACAGAAAACAAAGAUUUAAAAUCUACGCCUACAAAUGUUUCUGCUACAGAAGAACCAGUGAAAGUGCCAGCAUCUGUGAAGAUGCCUGCUCCUGUGAAGACGCCUGCUCCUGUGAAGACGCCUGCUCCUGUGAAGGCACCUUUACCUGUGAAGGCACCUUUACCUGUGAAAAGUGUGCCAGCACCAGCACCAGUUGUCUCUAAUGUAGCGGAGAAAGAAGUUGAAAAAUCAAAACCUGUGGAUCUCAAACCAAAAACAGAAAAAACUGAAGAGAAAACAGAUAAAAUUAAAAAUGGCUCAGUAUCAAAAGAAGUCAGCCAAGAGCGUUCAGAUUCCACGACUACGACGACUACGACGACCACGACGAAACAAGAUCCUGAAUCAUUGGAAGAAGUUCAGAAACCUAUAGAAAUAAAACCAAAAGAUGUCGAGGAACCUGUAAAACCAGUAAGAGAACCAGUUACCUCGGAUCCCAUUCCAAAACCUGUCCCUGUUACCCCAGAUAACAAGGAUGAAAAAAUUCCCCAAGUUGAAAUAAAGAUUGAAGAUGUUGACGUGUGUAAGGAGAAUGCCAAGAAUAACGAGAUGACGACGGAAGCCUUGAAUUCUGAACCUAAAAAACCCAAAAUGCAGCUACAGUACAACUAUAAAGCGGACCAGUGGAGUCCUCUGAAUCAAGAGGGUAAGAUGAUCUACGACAGAGAUUUCUUGCUACAAUUACAAUUUAGUAACAACUCUGUCUCGAAACCACAAGGCUUACCAAAUUUACCCGACAUCAUUCUAGAUAAGCCUGCUAUUGUAUCUUCUUCAAAAAGGAAUGACAUGGGUAAUACUGUACCAGAUUUUACUCCAGAUUUCUUCCAAACAAUGUCUGGAAGGUCCGGCUCUAGUCAAAUGAUCAAGAAAAGGAACAGUCAACAAGGACCUCGAAAUGAUGGACCCAAGAAAAUUAUAAAAGCUGUGUCUAUAUCACAAGAUAUUAAACUACAUAAAGCUGAAAAUGCUUGGGAACCCGGUAGAAAGGUGGAAACAGCUAAAAGUGAGGAGCUUGAUGAAACUGAAGCCAGAACACAGGAAAUCUACAAACGUGUUAAAAGUAUUUUGAAUAAAUUAACUCCUCAGAAAUUCCAGACUUUAUUAAAACAAGUUCAGGAUUUAAAUAUCGACACAGAAACAAGAUUAAAAGGUGUCACAGAUUUAAUAUUUGAAAAGGCUGUGAGUGAACCAGCAUUUAGUGUAGCCUAUGCUAAUAUGUGUAGAUAUCUUAUGCAGUUGAAAGUUCCGUCUGAUAGCAAACCUGGUGAGAAAGUAAAUUUCCGGGUUAUUUUAUUAACUAAAUGUCAGAGAGAAUUUGAGAAAGAUAAAGAUGUGGAAAUAGAUUUAGAAGCUCGACAGAAGAAAAUAGAUGAAGCGACAUCAGAAGAUGUGAAGAAACAAUUACAAGAAGAAAUGGAGAUUGCUGCAACGACAGCCAGGAGAAGAUCUAUAGGAAAUAUCAGAUUUAUAGGAGAAUUAUUUAAAUUAAAAAUGUUAACAGAGAACAUUAUGCAUGAUUGUGUAUUUAAAUUAUUACGGUCGAGAGAUGAAGAGAAUUUAGAAUGUUUAUGUAGAUUAUUAACCACAAUAGGAAAAGAAUUGGAUAUAGAAAAGGCUAAGAUUCGAGUAGAUCAGUACUUUCAGAAAAUGCAGAAAAUCGUUGGAGAGAAGAAAACAUCGUCAAGAGUACGAUUUAUGUUACAGGAUGUUAUAGAUUUACGAUUGUGUAACUGGGUGCCAAGAAGAGAAGAUAAUAAUCCUAAAACUAUCGAUCAGAUCCAUAAAGAAGCUGCUAAAGAAAACGCACAGAGAACUUAUAUGCUAUCCCAGAAUCCACCUCAAAGUUCAAAUAAACAGAGCCGUGAUGGUGGACGAUCUCGUGGUGGAGGACCCCCAAAUAGAGGAGGACCACAACAGAAUAAUCAACGUAAUGAUGAUGGCUGGAAUACUGUCGCUUCUAAACCUCUCCGUAACAUAGAUCUGUCAAAAAUGAAAAUUACCAAGACUACAGUAGAUGAGAACAUCCAGUUGGGACCUGGAGGAGGUUCAUCUCGAUUUGGUGUUUGGGGUCGUGGAAGUAGUGGUGGUGGACAUACAAAAUCGUCGUCUCAAGAAGGCGAAUCACCGGCUAAUGCUCCUGCUAAUAGGUUUACUGGAUUACGUACUGAAGAGGAAGGUGGUAGACCCUUUGGUCGUGGAAUCAGUCCUGCUCGUAGCGAUAGCAGAAAUCGUGGACAGGGUGGAGGAUUUGGUCGAGGUCGUUUAACACCACGAUCUUCAAUGGAGGGAGAAAGAGACAGAGCUAUAGCUAAUGUCAGGAAUCUAACUGGAAGGACGACGCCCUCAUCUUCUAAUCCUGCCAGUAGAGAAAGUAGCCGAUCCCGAGAACCCAGAAUGGAUAAACCAGAAGCUGCUCCGGUUCCUGGUAUUUUAUCAGAAGAUGAAAUGGAAAAGAAAACAAAAACUAUUAUUGAUGAAUAUCUUCAUAUUAAUGAUCUCAAGGAAGCUUUAAUGUGUGUUUCCGAGAUCAGCAAUCCAGCAACUGUCCAUUUAUUUAUAGAAUUCUCUAUUAAUCAUGUGUUAGAAAGAUCGUCUAAAGCACGUCAACAGACCGGACAUCUUCAUCAUGAAUUAGUUAGCAAAAAAAUAAUCUCAGUUGAUUCCUACCUUAAAGGAUUGAAUCAAACGUUACAAAUAGCAGAAGAUAUGGAGAUUGAUAUUCCAAAGAUUUGGCAGUAUUUAGGGGAAUUGAUCGGUCCUAUGAUCCAAGAUGGAAGUGUACCAUUAAAUUUCCUGAAACAAGCGUGUGAACCUUUACAAGCCAGUGGCAAGUCUGGAGUGGUUGUGGCGGCUGUUCUGCAUGACGCUAGUCAACGAUUGGGACACAAGAAAGUUGCGUCUUUAUGGAAGAGUUCUGCAUUAGAAUGGACUGAUUUUGUGUCUGCUGAAAAUGUUACCGAAUUUUUGGCUGAUGAAAAGUUAGAAUUUACAGUUGCGGCCGAUUCUCAGCCUUCCACUCCUGUGGAUAAAGUGUCGUUUGAAACUAUUCAAGAACAAUUAUUAGUUCGUUUACGUGAUGUGAAUUUUGAUAAUGAACAUAUGUUUGAUUGGAUUGAGGCCAACAUCCCAGAUGAAUCUACGAAAAAUCCCAAGUUUAUUCGUACGUUGAUGACUGCCGUCUGUAAAAGUGCCGUAUCUGAAGGGCCAAAUUAUAAAGUAAAUGAAAAUGUUAUUAAACAACGUCAGUCGUUAUUAGUAAAAUAUUUAGAUAGUCAACAAGAAUUUGAAAUACAGGCAUUAUAUGCUCUACAAGCUUUUGUUAACGAACUUCAACAUCCCGGAGGUGUGCUGAGAACAUUCUUUGAAACCUUGUACGAUGAGGAUAUUAUAUCUGAAGAUGCCUUUAAUCAAUGGUCUAAUAAUACCGACCCCGCGGAACAGGAAGGAAAAGGAGUUGCCAUGAAACAAGUUGUUCAGUUCUUUGCCUGGCUAAAGGAAGGCGAACAAGACGAAAGUUGAGAACGGUUCCCCGUGAUUAGCUAUUUAUAGAAUUUCUAGCAGGGAUAUCUCUCGUCUGUUGCAAUAUUAUCACGUGACUGACUCAAAACUUCAAAUAAUUUAUACGGCAAAUAUUGAGUGCUCGAUUCACAUUGUAAGCUUGUGAAUUGUGAUUAAUUUAUAGUUUCCGCUGUACAUAGGCUUAAAGCUUGUCAAGUUACAAAGGUUGCUAUCACAUAUUGCCUAGAUAGUGACCUAUUUUGUGACCUUGAACUGGCGACCUUUUGUUUAUUGAGAGUAAUAUAUAAUUAUAUAUAUAUAUAUAUAUACAUGAAAUUUGAAUAAUUGAUUUUUUUUGUUAAUUAAUUAGCUACAAAUGAAGUAUGUGAUGCCAUGGUGACGAAAAUAAAUAAAAUAAAAUCGACCUAAUUUAAUUUAAUCGUUAUGGAGAUAUAGCAGUUGUGGGGAUGGAUGACUUCUAAAUGUGAUCCAAGAAUUUUUGGAAAUUUUGUUUUUCAUAUUAUGUGAAUGUGUAUGCAGAUAUAUUUUCUUUUUCUUUUCUUGGAAUUUUUGGAUUUUUUCAAAUUGAAAUGAUCAUGAACAGUGAUCGCAGAUUGUGGACUGGUUUACUUGCAUAAUCUAUAUGCAAACUCGACAGAUUUAAUAUUACGAAUACAUGCAUCAUAUGUGUUAACGGAGAAUAAACAGACAACAAUCAGUGUCGUUAUGACAGACAUCAAUCGUGUAUAAAUGCUAUGUGGUAGACUCAAUUGGAGCAUAUUAAUAAUUCACGGUGAAAUAAAUGACAAUUUGUGACUGGAUAACCAUGAAUAAACUAAACAUUGUGGUGUAUAUAUAUAUAAACCGAGUUAUCGACAAACACGGUAACUAUGGUGAACUUGAGUAUAUUAUACAUAAAUUGAAAAAUAUUGCCAUUGCCAUUGCCAAUGGGUUUUUUUUUUUUUUGCUAAACAAACUGUGAUUGUUGCAAAUACGAUUUCUUGUGCUUCUUGACAAGCUGAAGAUGAAAAGGGGAAAUAUUUAAAUAUGAUGACGUAAAAAAAAAUAAUUUGACAAGUUGUAAAUAAAUGAAUGGUGAAGAUAAAAAAAAAAAUUGUUAAUUAUUAAAUUGUAUUAUACUCAA